AUGGUCCUACUCGCGUACUUGUGGAAGGCCUUUCUGGCCACCACCGUUGUCGCGCCGCUCACAUCUGCGGUGCCGUCCGGCGGGCAUAAGUUCCCAAAGCUGCUUGAUGCUACGGCGAGUGAAUUGACCGCGGGGCUUGAAAAAGGGGAGUUUACGAGCGUAGACCUUGUUCAGGCAUACACCGCUCGAAUCCUGGAAGUCAACUCUACGUUACACAUGGUCACAGAGUUGAACCCAGAUGCUCUGAAGAUCGCCAAGGCUCUCGAUGCUGAGAGAAAAACUGGCAAAUGCAGAGGACCUCUCCAUGGUCUCCCUAUCCUGAUCAAAGGCAACAUCGGAACGGACGACUUGAUGAACACCACUGCUGGCUCCUACGCUCUUGUCGGCGCCAAAUUACCCCGAGAUUCUACUGUAGCAGCGAAGCUCCGCAAAGCCGGGGCCAUCAUCCUCGGAAAGUCCAACCUCUCCCAGUGGGCCAACUUCCGAUCAUCCAACAGCUCGAACGGAUGGUCUGCAUACGGCGGCCAGACUUAUGGUGCAUACUACCCUAAGCAGGACCCAUCCGGGUCCUCUUCAGGCUCAGGUGUUGCGAGCAGCUUAGGCCUGGCAGUCGCAAGUCUAGGAUCUGAGACCGACGGAUCCAUCAUCUCCCCAAGCGACGUGAACAAUCUCGUUGGCAUCAAGCCGACUGUCGGAUUGACCUCUCGCGCUCUCGUUAUCCCAAUUUCAGAACAUCAGGACACCGUCGGUCCUAUGGCACGCACUGUGAAGGAUGCUGCGAUCCUACUGCAAGCGAUCGCUGGUCCUGACGCUGCCGAUAAUUACACAUCCGCGAUUCCGCACAAGGGCAAGCUCCCUGACUAUCUUGCAGCGUGCACAAUUGGUGCUCUCAAAGGAAAACGCAUUGGUGUUCCGCGUAAUUACAUUGGGCCCCAACCUGCACCCGUUGCCGAAGCUUUCGAAGCUGCGCUUGACAUCCUUAGAGAGGCCGGAGCCACCAUCGUCGACAACACGAACUACACUGCUUAUGCGGAGUGGGUACGGAGCAAUGCUGAAACUGUUGUGCUCGACUCUGAUUUCGUUGCGAACCUCGCGAGCUAUCUCAAGCAAUUGACCUACGACCCUACGGGCGUCAAGUCUCUGGCCGACGUAAAGAAUUUCACGCAAUCUUUCGGCGCUGAAGAGUACCCUAGCCGCGACACAGCAACAUGGGAUGAGUCACUCACACUUAAUGUCACGUAUGGUUCGGCUGAGGCGUGGGCUACAUACCAGUACAACCAGUAUCUCGGCGGUGUAGGCGGCAUCCUCGGUGCUCUCAGAAACCACUCGUUGGACGCUGUUGUCACGCCAUCAAGUGUCUCGUCAGGUAUCUCAGCCAUCAUCGGCGCACCCAUCGUCACGGUCCCGCUUGGAUCGUACCCUAAGAACACGACGGUAGAGUAUAACAGCCGUGGCAACCUAGUUGCGAUUGCGCCAAACCUUCCCUUUGGAAUCAGUUUCUCAGGAAAACUUUGGAGCGAGGCGAGUUUGAUCGGUUUUGCGUAUGCUUUUGAGCAGAGGACGGAGGUGAGGAAGCAGGUGAAGCCGUACUUGGUCCCGAAGACGGAAUUGGCAGAUGUGGUUGGUGGGUACUAG